ACUACACCAUUUUGAUAGUUGUAAAUUAGUUGUCGUUUUAAUGACUGAAUGAGUUUCUGCAAAAAAAGAAUAAGCCACCGUCAUCUUCAAGUGACCGUGAUAAUUUCUAGUUUGAUAAUCAUAGGAUGUGCAGUUGCCUUGAUUACUAUUGGUAGUAUAUUUUAUAAUUCAGUUCGUAAAUACAAUGGCAAACUUGAGACGACUGUCAAAGGAGUAAUAAAAUGCCUUGUCAUAGUCGGAUGUAUUAUGAUUUUUUCUGGAUUCCUAGGUCUCUUUGGAUCUUGCUUAAAUAGUAAUGAUGUACUUUGCUUGUUUUCUGUUGGUUUGGUCACCAUAAUUAUUGUUCAGCUUGGAACUGGAAUAACAUGCCUUUGUUAUCAUGUAAAGGCAAGUUUUUUCGUUGGUGAUGAGCUCUUAUAGUUGUGGGAUAAUCUACAUUUGAGCAUGAAGAAAGCAGUUGAAAAUUAUCAUUUCAAUAAAACGAUAAGCACCAUUAUGGAUAAAAUUCAUAGAGAUCUUAAAUGUUGUGGUUCACUUAAUUACUUAGAAUAUGGAGAUAAAAUUCCCUCGUCCUGUCAUGAAGAUGGUUCCAUUUACAAAAAUGGUUGUACUGAUGUAUUAAAUCAAUUCGGUAGCCAAUUUCUAACUAUUGGUACAGUUUUCUCAUUUAUGUUCAUAAUCCUUGAAAUAAUAACAAUUGGAUGUUCCAUAUAUUUAACUGCAUAUAUCGAUGCAAAAGAUCAGAGAUGACAUUAUUAUUAUUUCUUGUCGUAUCAAUCAUUGAGAUUAUUAUUAUUAUCACUAUCAUUAUUAUUAUUAUGAAUGGUUAAGAAGUCAUUGAAAUUAGUACACUAUUGAUCUUUUGCAAAAUGAUUUACAAUAUCUUUGUAAGUAAAUAAGAUGUAAUUAGAAAUCAUUAUUAUAUUUACAUGUUUUUUUAUGUAAAUGCUUUAUAUUUGUCUUUCACUUUUAUUUUUCAAAUUGUUGAGUAAAUAAAACAUCUCAUAACAUAAUUUAUCCAUUUAGAAGAAUCCUUUAAAAGAUGUUCAUUUUGAAAGUUAGAUAGUCAUUUGUGUUAUUGAAAGAUUAUAGUUCUAUGAAUGAUUGUAUUAUUUGGUUGAAAUCAUGAGUCAAUUGAAGCCAAACCACCAUGGAAAACCUGGAAGCACUGGAUGGCCGUUUCGUCCUAGUAUGGGACUCCUCAGCAGUGCGCAUCCACGAUCCCGCACUCCGCGAGAUUCGAACGCAGGACCUAUCAGUCUCGUGCGCGAGCGCUUAACCAACUAGACCACUGAGCCGGCAUCCACUGGUGUUAAUGUCUAACUUCAACCAAUCCACGAAGUUGCGCGACCGUACACCAUUGUCUUCAGUGAGUUCCUAUCUCACAACAGACCUGGUUGAACCCCACUGGUAACGACUUCUCAC